CAGCCGGGCAAGCUCCCCAGCCGCACCGUGCCAAACAAGGCUCUCUAAAUCCCGGGGCGCUGCGGGGGCUGAGCGAAGCCCAGACUUGUCUCGGCGCGGGAGUGGGGAGGACAAUGCGGCCGCGGAGCAGGCUUGACCUGGGUUCCGUGUGGGCCCAGCGCCUCCGGCAGCUGGAACAGCGGUUAAGAACUAAAGAAGAAAGAAUAGUCGUCCUGGAAACUGAAAAUGCUGCUCUUCAUCUAAAACUUGCAGAGUAUCAAGAAUUGGCUGGAAGAAGCACUAAUGAAGUAUUGCAGCUCUACUCUGCUCAUGGCCAGCAGCAGAAAUUGCAAAGGAGUUCUGUUGUAACCCAGCUGCAUGGAGCAAUAAAGAGGCUUAAACAAGACCUGAAGAGCCUACAUUCAUUUGCUCUUGAGCUUUCAAAAGACUUUCAGCGUCAAAGCAAGACUUAUCUUUACCAAGUUUUGACAGCAGUCCAAGGGAUACAGCUGCAAAAUGAAGCAAUGCAAAUGUUUCAGAUAAAAGCUUUUGAUCUUGAGCAGUCUCUACAAGAGGUGACAGAGAGAUAUGAGAAAGAAAAGCAAAAGAGGAGAGCUCUGCAUAACAGUUUAGUUGAACUGAGAGGAAAUAUCAGAGUCCACUGCAGGAUCCGACCAUUACUACCUUUUGAUGCUGCUGCUGGGCAUUCUAUAUCUCAGGACAGGCAAAGAAACUUCUCAGAAAAAGUGAUAUAUGCUGCUGAUGAUGAAACUGUCCUUGUAAAGUGUAGCCGUCCUGGCCAUGCUUCAAUAAACAAGUCUUUUCAGUUUGAGAGAGUUUACAAUGCUUCAGAGUCUCAAGACACAGUAUUUGCAGAUGUGGCCCCCUUGCUAACAUCUCUCCUGGAUGGGUACAAUGUGUGUAUCAUGGCCUAUGGGCAGACCGGAAGCGGGAAGACACACACAAUGCUGGGACCACAAUUAGAGGAAAACUUUCCAUACUCCACAGAAAAUGAAUCAGAACUUGGAAUUAUUCCUCGAGCUACACAAGAAGUGUUCAGGCUUAUAUCAGAAAAGCCACCAGGAAGUUACUGGGUUGAGGUUUCUGUUGUAGAAGUCUAUAAUAAUGAAAUUUUUGAUCUUCUGGCCAAAGACAGCUGUGGAAAAGUACCUGGUGCCAAACGUGAUGUUGUCACAACCAAAGAAGGAAAGAGAGAUGUUCCAUUGCUUGUGUAUGAGACUGUUGAAAAUGCAUCUGAAUUUUUGCACCUAGUCAACAAAGGCCUACAGCUGAGAGUUAGUCACCCAACACUCGUGCAUGCUCAUUCUUCUCGUUCUCAUCUGGUAGUUACAUUAACCAUAACCACAGUUGUCUCUGGAGAUAACUGGGGUAUUUCAUGGGAAGAUGAACAAACCAAUCAGAGACUAAAUAAAGAGGUUUCCUGGACCUUUCCACAAAAAAUGAGAGAUAAUACAUCCACCUCUUCUUCAAGAGCCUCUUCACCAGCACAACUUGAAGCAACUGAGAAAAUGAAGCAAGUCAAAACUAGACUGCAGCUGGUGGACCUGGCUGGUAGCGAGUGUGUCAGUAUGUCUGGAGUGACGGGAGCAGCACUGCGAGAGACGUCAUUUAUUAACCGCAGCUUGUCCGCCCUAGCAGACGUGCUUGGAGCAAUAGCAGAGCAGAGGCCUCAUGUACCCUACCGAAACAGCAAACUGACACAUCUGCUUCAGGACUCCAUAGGAGGUGAUGCUAAACUGUUGGUGAUGCUGUGUAUCUCUCCUGGCCCGAAGUACUUAACAGAAUCAAUGCAGUCUCUGGGAUUUGGAACUCGUGCUCGGCAAGUUCAGAGAGGACAAGUCAGGAAAAAUUUCCCACUGCCAAGUAAAGCAAAAUAAAACCUAAGACCCCUGUGGAUUAUUAAUGAGUUCCUCAGACUGAAAUGUAUAUUGUUGUCCUAAAGCCAUUCUUUUAGAUCUCACCUGCCAAAUAAAAUAAACAAUCCUCAAUGUGGCAUUAGUAAGCCAUAAACCUGCUGACAAUGUUCUUGCUCCAAAGAUAAUAGCAAGUAUUGACAACAUCUACCAGCCAUGGUGGAAUGGCUUUCUCAGGAAAGCUAGUUCAAGACAUGGUUUUGGCUAUGUGUUUCCUUUGGGCAAGUCAAACUAUGUCGACAGAACUCUGAUGUAGGAGGGCUCGCUUUUGAAAGGCCAACAGUGAAUUCUGUUUUCUCAGUAGAAAAUAGAAGACUAAAUAUCAUUCUAGGGCUUCAAAGCAGCAAGUAAAAUACCUUCUUCCAGGUUGGAUUAAAACAUGACAAGUCAUCAUGGCUUGCUCUUUUGUCUGGAGUCAUUCUUAAUGCACUAUCAACAGGUAGGAGUGUAAAGGGAGUCAUCAGCUGUAUUGAAUGGAGUUCUGUUCUCUGUUUUUAGGUAGGAAAUAAUGGCACUAGUGAGAUGGAGAAAAAGGAGUAAGGCUGUAUCUGUUAUCCCUCUGGAAUGUAGCUUAGGAAGUAAAUGAGGGAUUAUACAUCUUUUUGAAAACACACUGAGGUUAAAUUGUUGGAGCAAAUCCCAACUCUGCUGGCUUUGCUAACAGCUAUGCCUGUUUUGGGGUGGUUGGUUUUUUUUGGCUCCAUGAGUGCUGAAAGGCCCUGAACUACAGAUCCUAACAAGAGGUAACUUGUACAACUGUUGUAGUAGUAGCCUACCCUGUUGGUUAACUACAUCACAACCUUGAAGAUAUGCCUGCACAUUACAAAAGAUUAAUGGCAUGCUUCCCACCCAUCACAUGAAUAAAAUACCAAAACCCCAGCUUGCAACAUGAUGCUUGUCAUCUUCAGGAGGCUUUCACCCUCUUACAUCAAUGUUAAGACAACAUCAUGCAGGGUUUCUGAAUGAAGUUACACUGGGAGAAGAUGCAAAGAAAUAAAAGCAAUGUUAGGGAUGAGAAGUGGCUCUGAGAUGAGUUGUUAGGUUCAAGUAACAUCUGAUGUGUUUUAUGCUUUGCAGUAUUGGUCAGCAGAGGUCUCAAGAUCCACUCUGAAUUUUCACCUCCAGAAACCAUUCUGGCUCUAGGCUGGGAGAGAGG